UUAUAGUGUGGUAUUUAUUGCAUAUAUUUCUCAAUACUUAAUCCUAAAAUAUAUUACAUUCUGCACUACAUGUUUUAUUUCACUGAAACCAAAACCUCAGGUACUGUACUUAAGAUACAUUUUGAGAUACUUGUACUUUACUUGAGUAUAUCCAUUUUCUUCUACAUCCUUCUUCUUCUUCACAACAUUUUGGAGGGAAAUGUUGUACUUUCUACACCAAUACAGCCACCUGUUACUGUUAGUUUUUACCAAUAAAUACAUAAUAUGCUUGUAUAGUAUGAUUUAUUACUAUACUGUUGAUCUAGUUUAUCUAUCUGGUAUUAAAUAUUCUCUCACAUGUAUGUGUUGGUACAGAAGCCCUGAGAGGCAAGUGACACAUUUUAUUGACUGUGUGUGACUGAAGAACAGGUGAAGAAAGUUCUGCAAGGAUAAUCUUAAAACACUUGGGAAACAAUAGUUCUGGCCACAAGAGGCUGAUAUUGACCCGUACACACUCCAUACGGGACUAAAUGCAUUCAUGUUUUCUCCAAGGUGAGUUUUAAUUUCCUAAAACACAAUAUAAAGUGCAUGGGGAAAUUAAAACUCAUUCUAAAUAAGUAUUACAACCACAAAGACUGAGAAAUAAGUAUCCUUUCAACAACAACAAAAACACCAGCCAAAACUUUUCAAACCCAUUUUCACAGGUGAAAAAAAUAAUCAAAUGAUCCUGAAAAACUGUUUUCCCAUCAUGUUGUUAAGUUUUCAACACAGCAGAGAAUACAAAAUAAAAUCAGAAUUAGAACAAAUCAGCACAUUUUAUUUCGUAUUUAUUCUCAGGGCUUGCGUAUGGAAGUGAUAAAAUCAGAAAAAGAGAAUAUUAUAUAAUAUUGUAACACUGUAAAAGAAGCCAUUCUGCAUGAUGGGAACAUUUUGAUACUUCAAUUAAAUUUUGCUGCUCACACUUAUUUACUUUUAAUCGGGUAAAAUUCUGAAGGCAAGACUUUUAUUUGAAAUGUAGUAUUUUCAUGGUAUUGCUGCAUUUACUUAAAUAAAUUAUCUGAGUACUUCUUCAACCACUGCUGCUGGAAAAUGUAAUCUAUAUGUAUAAAAAUACAUAAUUUCUGACUUGUUUAUGCUUUGGGGUUACAAAAAAUCUGAAUCGGAGAAGUAACUUAAUCUAUAAAAUAAAUGUAGCAGAGCAAAAAGAAGUAUAAUUUACAGAGGAGCGAUAGAAAGCAUCCUGACAGGAAACAUUUCAAACUGACCCAGGACAGGAGGGCUCUGCUCUGGAUAUUAAAACCACUCCAGUUAUUAAAACCAAUCAUUGGGACCCACCUACAGAGCAUCAGUGACGAAUCGGUGAGCCGAGGUGCCAGCGCGGAGCCCAAGAGACACUAAAAGACCUGCAUCGCAUCAAAGUUCAGCCAAGUUUGUGAAUUUCAACCCCAAGAAUGAAUCAACUGACUUCACCGCAAAGUUUCAACAUUUUAAAACGCAUAUUAAGUUGUGGAAUAAGCAGACGUAUUCAGAUCCUUUACUGAAGUAAAAGUAUUAAUACCACAAGUUAGAAGUCCUGCUUUCAAAACCUUUACAUUUAAUUGAAGUACAAUUAUGUAAAUAUAUCUAUUCCAUCCAUUAUAUUAGAAGCAUGAAGCUAAAUGAAAUGGAAACACUCAACAAGCAAAGUACCUUGAACUUGAACUGCACACUCGAGGCAAACUAUGUUUCAGCUUUGUUUUGGAGACCCACAUCCUGUGUAACAGGAAAGCCGAGGCUACUUCAACCGUGAUGGAGAAUGACUGUUGAUGACCUGGAGACGGCAGCUUCAGUUAGUCCACGUUGAGGUCGCAUCAUAGUCUGUUUUUGGAUUUUAUUUAUUUGCUCUUCUUAUUUUUUCUUCUGUGUCUUCUAGGUAUGAUAGGAGGCUCCAGUCCGCUGGCUGCCGUCCUGACUGUUGUGUCAGUGAUGUGUUUAAGUCUGCUGGCUGUUCUCUGCCUGCGAUGCAAGAAGAAAUCCAAGAUCAUACACGAGGAGCAUCAAAUAUACAACCCGCAGAUGUUUGAAACACAAGAGGAGUUUGAGGACUUUUCAACAGCUACAGCUGCUUUGGAUGAACAGCCAAACUAUCAAAAUAUCUCAAAUGCCGAAACAGGAAGUGUGGAACACACGUAUGUAGCUCCACUGGCAAUCUCAGUGUAUGAAAAUGAACAGUGCACAAUAAUAACUGAUGCUGAUCAGAUUCCAGGUGUCUAUGCUAACACACACACUUCAUCAAGUAAAGAGGAUGAGGACGACUACGAGAACGCGGAGUAUCUGCACCAAGUUGUGCAGGAGGAAAAUGAUGAUGAGCCGGAGUAUGUGAAUGAAAUCUGCUGACGUGGACAUCAGAAGACAUCGGCCUGCACUCUGAACGUUGUGUUAAACUGAAGUUGUUUUCCAUGACAUGUGAAUAUAAAUGCUCAUGUACUUCAAUUGUGUGUUGAACCCGAGGAGAUUCAUCCAAUAAAAACAUACACAACACAAGA